AUGUCUAUCAAAUUGGACCUUUCCAGGCACACUGCACCAAGCCAAAGCCAACAUAAUAUACCUGAAUGUACAUCGGACAUACAGGUUUUUGUCAACGAAUACAGAAAUCGGAUAACAUCUACCCUUACCCGCGACGAGGUUCAUUCUAGAGGUCCCUUUACAUCAUUUGCUGAAAGUAAACUGAGCGUUCGCGAACUAACUUGGCUGCAAGACAACAAUGAAAGGUUCUUCAAAGAUACUGCUAAUAAACAAUUAGUCCAGAAUCAUUAUUUGUUGGAAUGUGGAUUUAUCUGUUCUAUGAUAUACACGCCAGACGGUGAAUUUAUUAUUGUAGGUCAUGCUACUGGAUUAAUUCAGAUGCGACAUGGCAGUACAGGCGCUGUCCUUUGCACGUUGCGAAAUAUUCAGUUCCCGCCGAAACCCGUCCAUGCUCUGGAAUACAGUCCAUUUGAGGAGAAUAUCUGCUACGCGGCGUGCAUGGACGGAGCCGUGUAUCGGAUCGAGAUCCCACACAUGGAUACCUCCAUAGUUGACCCGCCUCCGUACUGCAUCCGAGCUGACCCGAUGCUGGAGAGUUUGACCAUGCAGUUCUAUGGAAGCCCCGGGAUUUCCUCGUAUGCUACGCCAUUUAUCGCACAACGAUUUCCGGCACUCUCCUUGGGACUGUUGACGGACUCCUCAAAAAUGGCAGUCGGUUACGCUGACACGUCAAUCAGAGUCUACGACAUGGAAACUCAGGAGGCUGAAAGUACAUACAAAGUGCACAAGCUACGUCUCCAGUUUAUCCCGAAGAAGUUGCAGAGGAUGCACUAUGGACAGGUGGUGGCUUUGAGAACCCAUCCCCACAAGCCUUAUAUGUUCGCCAGUGGUGCGUGGGACAAGACCCUCAGAAUCUGGGACGUGAGAUGUCAGGUCGGCUGCGUUAUGACUUUCGAAGGCGUUGACAUUUGCGGCGAUGCUAUUGACCUCAACAGGGAGUACUGUCUAGCUGGGAGCUGGAUGCCGACAGAAGCCCUGACCGUAUGGGAUUUGACGGCCAGAAAACAGCUGAACAUCAUCAGGGUGCAGAACCGGAGGCAAGACGUCGACGGCGAAUACAUUUACGCUUGUCGGUACUGGCGGUCUUCGGAUUACAACCGCAAAGGUAAGUAUGCCGUGGUUGGAGGAAGCGGUACAAAUUGCCUGGAAGUGAUAAAUCUCCACAACAGAUAUAUCACGUGUUCCUACCCCGCAUCGGGCACCAUUCUGGCAGUCACCAGCUACCAGGAGCGCAUAGCAUUCGGAGGCACUUCCAGCGCCUUCAACAUCGUCGCCUUCUACGACCCCAAACACCAAAAAGAUAAGUACGAAACCGCAGAACCUGAGUACGAGUACUCGAAGGCCUCCGGCGACAUAACCCUGUACCAGGACUCAGAAAGCGAGCUCUCAGAUGUGCCACAUACACCAUCCUGCGAUAGUUCCAAGCCCUCAAAAGGAUGCGAGUGAUUUUAACUCCAGAUUUAGUUUCAAAAUGUAUUUAUAAUUUACUUUAAUCAUAG